UCUAAGUGUGAGAAACCAUAUAGUUUCCUCUUUUUUAUUAUCCUUUCCCCUCUCUUCCUUUCAAGAUUCUUGCUUGUACAUUUUUUUUUUCUAAAUUUUAUCAUCAUAGUACCACACUACCACUUUUGCCUGCUCCAAAAACCUGGGAAAAGCACAACUAAUUAUCAUUACAUCCUAUAGUCUUCCUCGUACCAUUACAAACCCCAACUCAGCAACUCUCAUCAAAUUAAAAUUGUAACACAUAAUGUUGGACUCAAAAAAAUACAUUUCCGAAGAAGAAUUGAAAACCCACAACAAAAGAAAUGAUCUUUGGAUCUCAAUUCAUGGUAAGAUUUACAAUGUCACUAAUUGGGCUAAUUACCACCCAGGUGGUGAAACACCAUUGUUAAAUCUUGCAGGUCAAGAUGUAACGGACCCAUUUCUUGCUCUUCAUCCAACAUCUGCUUGGAAAUUUCUUGAUAAUCACUUUACUGGGUAUUACUUAAAAGACUACAUUGUCUCUGAAACUUCAAAAGAUUACAGAAAUUUGGUUUCAGAAUUCACUAAAAUGGGACUUUUUGAUAAGAAAGGUCAUGGUGUGUUCAUUUUGAUGGCUUUUAUAGUAAUAAUGAUUACAAUGAGUGUUUAUGGUGUUUUAUGUAGUGAUAAUUUCUGGGUUCAUCUUGCUUCUGGUGGAUUACUGGGUUUUACUUGGAUUCAAAGUGGGUGGAUUGGGCAUGAUUCAGGGCAUUAUCAAGUUAUGAUGAACCCUAAAUUUAACCGUUUCGUGCAAUUUAUGACAGGAAAUUGCAUUGCUGGGAUAAGCAUUGGGUGGUGGAAAUGGAUCCAUAAUGCUCAUCAUAUUGCUGUUAAUUCCCUUGAAUUUGAUCCUGAUUUACAAUACAUGCCUUUUUUUGUAGUUUCUUCCAAGUUUUUUUCCUCUUUAACUUCACAAUUUUAUGGUAGAAAAUUGAAUUUUGAUUCAAUUUCAAGGUUUUUUGUCAGUUACCAACAUUGGACUUUUUACCCUGUUAUGUGUGUUGCAAGGAUUAAUCUCUAUACUCAGUCAUUAUUGUUGCUGUUUUCUUCAAAGAGGAAAGUGCCCAAUAGAGCUCAAGAACUUCUUGGAUUACUUGUUUUUUGGAUUUGGUACCCGAUUUUGGUUUCGUGCUUGCCUAAUUGGUUUGAGAGAAUUGCAUUUGUGAUUGCUAAUUUUAGUGUCACUGGCAUUCAACAUGUUCAAUUUUGCUUGAACCAUUUCUCCUCCAAUGUUUAUGUUGGACCUCCUAGAGGAAAUGAUUGGUUUGAGAAGCAAACAAGUGGAACACUCGACAUCGAUUGUCCUUGUUGGAUGGACUGGUUUCAUGGUGGUUUGCAGUUUCAGAUUGCACAUCAUCUUUUUCCUAGGAUGCCUAGGUGCCAACUAAGGAAAAUAUCUCCAUUUGUGAAAGAGCUUUGUGAGAAACACAACUUGCCAUAUAAUUGCGCAUCCUUUUGGAAGGCGAAUGUCUUGACAUUUAAUACUCUUCAAACUGCUGCACUUCAGGCUCGCGAUCUAAGCAAUCCUGUUCCUAAGAAUUUGGUGUGGGAGGCUAUGAAUACUCAUGGAUGAUACUGAAUACAGAGUUCCGCAUUUAUCAAUCAAUAAGUAGAUUGUAUAUAUGUAUGAAACUCUGUUGAAUUGCAUGGAAGAUAGAUGUUUGGUGUACCAUUGGAGCUUCAUAGGUUUGUACAUAUAGCAUAUAUAUGCUUCAGCGUAUAAACUUCAAUGCACGUUGCUCAAGUAAUCUAGUUUUCUGCUAAAUAUGAAUUUAUGCCUUGUGUUUCUCAGUA